AUGUCAAAAGAUUUACCAUCCAUAAAUAGUUCAACUAGUAUCUCCGAUAACGCUGAUUUAAAGAACUACUAUGAAAAAUUAUUGUUCAAAAACAGUAGCGAUAAAUCUUUGAUAGACCUACCUAGUAAGUUGCAAUCUCAGAACGGUACAUUUACUACAACUGUUGCUGCAGGUUCGAGAAUCCCAAAUGGUACAUUAUCAUCAUUUCCUCCUCACCAUGGUACUGCUGUAGCUGCUGCUGUUACUGCCGCCAAUAACAACGCUAAGCAACAACAAACCACUAUGGGUCAUAGUAAUAAUGAAAACCAUGCAAAUAUUGCAAACUUCGAUUUUAUUAAUGGCUUCAAGAAAUCAUUGUCUAUUAGUGAGAACAACACUCAAGAACAUAAUACUGAUAGUAAUGGUUUAACAAAAACGAUCAGCGCUUCCGCUGCUAAGACUACUGCUACAUCUUCUUCGAGCCAUCAAAACGGAAAUCAAAAUAAUACUGGAGCUUUCUCAUCAGUACAGCACUCAAAAUUUCUUGGAAACCUUCAACCAUCAACAGAUACUACAAAUGGAAAUAGAGAAGUAGGCCCUAUUCCUCCUACAACUUCAUAUGGACAAUUUCCUUUAUCUUCUUCAAAUGCAUUGAAUGACACUGCUACUGGGCAUAAUCCUAUUUUCUCAAACACCUCUUUACCCUUAAAUAAUCUUCAAAGCAAUACCGCUGCUACUACUGAACAGAACGAUAACAACAAUCAAUACAGUUUAAGAUUGACUUCGUCGAAUAUCGAAGAUUCAUAUCAAAAUGAUUAUAAUCACGAGCAAUAUAAUCAGAAUGGUCGUAAACAUAUUCAAGAUAAUUCUAUGACUUCUCCCUAUAAUUCUGCAUUUAUGAGCAAUAUUAAUGUUAAUGAUAAUCAUUUAAAUCCUUCUAUUCAGCAGCAACAACAAUGGGUUUCGAGAAGAUCUUCUUAUAUCUCUGACCUCUUGAUUAACAAUAACAAUAACAAUCAUAAUCAUAUUGAUACUAAUACUCUGCACAGAAACCCAACAUGGAAUAAUGAAUUCAAUGGACAUAAUCAAAACAAAUUGGCGAAUGAUAUAAUUCACGAAAUUUCAUUAGAUCCUUAUUCCCCAUCGAAUUCUGUUCAAUCUCCAUAUAAUACCAAUCAGUCGCAAUAUCACCAGCAACAACAAAACCAAGCACACAAUCAAAAGCAAGCAACAUCAAUGCAGAAUCAAUAUCAGUAUCAAUUUCAAUAUCAAGAUAUAACAAAUACGCCACAAAACAAUUUUUCUCAAUUGAAUUCAAUUCAUGAUAAUACUACUAAUACUAACGGAUCGUCCUAUCAAUCGCCUUAUCAACGACAACAAUCAUUGUCAUAUUGCAUGCAAUUUCAAGGACCACAAUAUCUAAACCAAACAAAUGAUCAUCAUAAUCAUCGUCGUUAUACACAACCUUUCUUAUCAAAUAUCAAUAAGAGUAUUUCUAUGAACAAUGGUAAUACUUACAAUGGCAAUAAUGAUAGAUAUUUUGAUUAUCUCAACAAUAAUUUCGCAAACAAUAUGACUUUUAAUAUGAACACCACCAUGAACAUAAACACUAAUAACAUAUCAUCUAAUGGUUUGAUUUUAACUGAAACUAAACAAUUGACAUCAACAGAUGAUUUACAUUCAUUAUAUAUGGAAUACGGUAAGUAUUAUUUUUCCACUGAUAAAGUUUUCGCAUUUACUGAUAAUUUGAAAAAUAUUAUAUUAAAUCAUGAAAAUGGAAGUGAUGUUAAUAAAGACAUCAAUGAUGAUGAUGCUUUGAGAGCUAAAUCUAUCCGUAAAUUUGUGGAUUUCUUGAAACUUUCAAAUAAAGAAAUUUUAUCGUCAUAUUCUUCUUCGUCGUCUGCAUCAUCAAAAUCUUCAGACUCUUCUUGUUCUCCACGUGAUUCAAAUUCUACAUCUCCAUCUUCAUCACCUUUAUCAAAGAGUAUCCACACUAAUAUGAAUGUUAAUAAUAAACCAUUGGUGUUAGUGGCUUUGAAAAAUGGGAAAUUAGAAUUGUUAUCGACACCACAAAAUUCGAAUUUAAUCAUCAAAAGAGGUGAUAUGGUUAUAAUUGAUGGUGAUCGUGGUAAAGAUUUAGUAAUGGUAAUUGAACCUAUGAUGAAUUCUCAAUUAUCGAUCUUUAUUAAUUUCUUAAAGAAAAAAAUCCAUUUCGAUUCUUUAAUUACUAAUAAAUCUCAACAUUUCCCAAACGAUAAAUUCAUUGAAACAUUGAUCAAUACCAAGUUGAAUAAUACGACGUUAUCAUCGUCAUCAUCCACAUUGAAUCCAAAAUUUUAUGACGUAAUUGAAUUAACCAAAUUAAUUAUUCCCACAAAGCAGGUUCUAAGAUUUGCUACACCAUGGGAAAUUAAAGUUAAUUUAAAUUAUAAAUUUCAAGAUGAAUUGAAAGCUUUACAAAUUGUUAAAUUGAAAUUAGAUUCAUUAACUAAUAACAAUUCUGACUAUACUACUACUGGCGGUAAAAAGCUUAAUAUCAAAAUAUUGAAUAGUGAAUUCCAAUUUGAUAGGAAAAAAUUGACAUUUUAUUAUGUUUGUGAAGAAAGAAAUGAUUUUAGAGAUUUAAUUAAAGAAUUAUUCAAAUUUUAUAAGACAAGAAUUUGGCUUUGUGCAAUACCAAAUAAUUUACAGAUUGAUCAAAAAUAUUAUAAUGAUACAAAUUCUAGUGAAUUGAAAACUUUUUAUAAUAAUAUUUGGAAAAAUUAUUCCAUUCAAGAAAUUAAUGAUAUUAAUAAUCAUGAUUUGAAUAUUAACUCACCAUCUUCGAAUAUUCAUGCACAUACAAAUCAACUUUCCAAAUUAAUUACUCCUCCUUUAAAUCAAAUCAAAUUAGAUGAUUUCCAAAUUGGUGUAUAUAUUGAAUUGGUUAACCAAUUAUUCCAUUGA